CAGACCUACACCUGCUCUGCGAUUGUUGGGCAUGUAUGAUGGGUGCUCCAGAAUGCCCUUGCUACUCUCCAAGGCGAGAGUCCCGCACAGAGUGGCUGGUGUGAAUCGCUAUGCCUCCAACCUGAAGCUUGUCCGGACCUGCGGGAUCGCAGCAUCGCGUGUCUCCCCGAGAUCAAGUCUCAGCAAUGCCACUAAAGAUUAUCUUCUCUCGCAACGGCGACAGUUCAGUAUAGGAUCUAAGUGUCUCUCCGCUCAAGACAAUGAACCGUCCAAGCCGACGCCUUCAAGCCAAGACGACGACCUGCUGCAAUCGGCUACUUCACUCGAGAAUCUUCGGCUGCGACUCGAAUUCGAGAAGUACGGAAAUGUUCGAGACUAUCUGCAGAAAUGGCAGGACAGCCAGGAUAAUUCGGCGGACCCUGUCCGAGGGCCUGGCACCGCGAACAAGAUGCUCGCGACCGAUGCCUGGAGGGGGAACAUGCUGAACGACAACCGUGAAGCUAUGGAUGCAGGAUUCGAUGUCAUGCGAGCGUCAGAUGAUGACGCGGAGCUCCUUAACAGAGACGAUGAAGGCGCUGGCCUGAAUCACUAUCUGGAGCCAGGUGACCUUGUGGCCAUGUCAGCAUCUGAUGGGGUUCUUUCUUACGCAAUCUACGUUCGCUCUAUUGCCAAACAGCAGCAAGUUUACACGGACAAAGGUAAAUGGCGCAUCGCUUUCAAGAGGGACAUUGAGUACGUUGUGAAGGGAUUCGUGCCGCGGGAAACGGUGGCGCCCCUGCUGCCUCACUUCCCUGCAGGGCUUGCUGAGAUGAGUAGUGAAUUCCAGUCCGCCAUCGAGGGCGGAGUUCCCAGGCAUGCAGGAGCUCAUCUCAUGAAGAAGAUUCAAGAGUUCGACUUGGGCGUGCGGGAAAUCUACCGCAACAACGCGCUACGGUUGGACAAUCUCCACGCUCUGGUGGCGGACGAAGAAUCGAAUCUGGUAUAUACCCUCGAGGAACUGGCCUGCAAGGCUCUGGAAAUCGAAGAGGACCAGUUGGAUGCAACGUUACUUUUCCUCAUUCAUCAGUGCGUCCACGAGAAUUCGUUCCUGAUCGACCAUGACAUGAGCUCUCUAUUCGCCAACCGUUACCUAGUCAGACCUCUACGUGUUGCCAAGGUGAUCAAUACCGUCUGCACUUGGGUGCAUGAGCACCAAGAUUAUAUUGUCAACUCAGCCCGUGGCAAGGACACCCCCUAUAUCCGCAACCAUCCUCUGCAGCAGUUUCUCCUAAAGGCCCAGCGUCUCAUUCGGCAGAGUCGGACUGUGCGAUCCCCAACCACCGUGUCAUGCGUGGGCCCAAGCGCUGUACGAGUCGAGCCUAAAGAGAACGCUAGCCCUGCGAUAUACCGUGAGGUUCUCACUGAGCAGUUCAACGACGAUGAUCGUGCCAUCAUAGAAUACUUGCAGCAUUGGUGCCUGCCUCCUCGGCGAAUGACGAGAGGUCAUAUGCGGUCCGCGGGGUCGCAUAUCAUGCGCAGCACCGGCAUGUACAGCGUGGUGGAUUUGGGCCCCGAGACAGCCACGCUCUUCUUGCAGGAGCUGGGUGUAUUCCACCCAUGGGAGAACACACGUCUUCUCGAUCAUCGGCUUGCGCUUCCCGGGCACGGGAUCUUUCCCGAACAUGAUAAGCUAUGGGCUAAAGUAGCCGAAGAGGCCCAAUUGCUCGCGGACAAGAGUCAACUCGAAGAUUCCAUGAAGGAUUUGCGGGUUGAUUGGGGUGAUUUGAAAGUUUACUGUGUUGACGACACCAAGGCACAGGAGAUUGACGACGGUGUCUCGCUCGAGCGCAUCCCAGGAUCAGACGACAAUUUUUGGAUUCAUAUCCAUGUUGCAAACCCCACGGCAUUCAUGGGUCACGAAUCGAGCAUCAUGAAGUGGGCCGCCUCUCAAGCCGAGAGUCUCUACGUCCCUGAGCGUACUUAUCCCAUGAUUCCUGAGUCCGUGACGCAAAAGCACUUCAGUUUGGGCCCGGGCCGUCCCACGCUCACAUUCAGCGCCAAGAUGAAUCUUCAGGGCGAUGUUCUGGACACCAAGGUUGCAAAUGGUACGGUUCGGAAUGUGACAUACAUAACCCAUGACCGACUACGCCGCGUCUUCAAGCCAGACACCGGAGCCACCGAUAGCACCAGGGCCCUAUCCGUGGGAGGAGAAGUUCCCGAGCGAAUCGCCGGUCGUAGGGGUAUCACAGAGACGCUUACUCCUGAAGACGAGGAAACCUUCCACAUUCUCCGUCAAUUGAUGGCGGGCUGGCGUGAACAUCGUCGUCAAAAUGGAAUGCUGGAAUUCACCUACCCGCCCCGAGUUUCCGUUUCCAUGUCCGUUGGCUCCGUUGCUCUGCCGCCCCGGAAGCUGGGAGCUACCGAAGGCCGGUAUGUCCUGGGCGACCCGGUGAUCAAACUCCGCCAACACGAAAUCGACCUGCAGGAGGUCCGCGACGAUACCACCGACAACUUGAUCUCUCUCCUCAUGAACCUGGGCUGCUGGGUUUCCGCCUCCUGGCUGUCGUCGCGCAACAUCCCUGCCGUCUACGACGGCACCCAGUACCACCCGGAGUAUCGCAAGGUCACGCGGGAGAACAUGGAACGAAUCACCGGCCAGGAAUGGCUGAACAUGGCCGCCCCCACGGGCGUCUCGCUCUCCCGCCCCAUCCCGCACGUCUCGCUUGGCCUCGACGCGUACGUCAAGUCCACCAGCCCGCUCCGUCGCUACAUCGACGUGGUGGCCCACUACCAGAUCGAGGCGGCGCUGCGAUUCGAGCACGCCCACAACCGUCGUUUCGACGCCGCCGCCGCAUCCGAGCCCGAAGACCGCUCCGUCCUCCCCUUCUCCGCGGCCGAUGUGGACCGUUGGCUCGCGCGGUCCCUGUCGUCGCGCCUUCGGCUGCGCGAGUGCGAGCGCGGCUCCAGGCAGUUCUGGGCGUGUCUGCUGUUCUUCCGCGCGUUCUACUUCGCCGAAUGCCCGCUGCCGGCGACCUUCGAGUGCCAGAUCAGCAAGCGCUUUGACCAGGCGGAUAUGACCGGCGCGGCCUACACCAAUGGCUGGGCCGGCAUCCUCUACGCCUUCGGCGUCCGGUGUCAGAUCCUCGUACCCCCCCGCAUGCCGGACGCGGACAAAGUGGAUGUCAUGAGUAUGGUGGAGGCCAAGGUCACGCGUGUCGAUAUGGCUCGGAUGCUAGUCGUCAUGGAGGCGACCCGGUUCCUCCGUGGCUCGCCUGCGCAGUUGACUUUGGCGGCUACUCUGUAG